AUGCAGCUCACCACCUUGUUCAGUCUUGCUCUCUCCACCCUGAGCCUUACCUCUGCCUCGCCCAUUUCUUAUCCCAGCCGCCGUGACAGCGCGGCGUUGACCUGGCACGUUUCCAACUUCACUACCGGCUGCUCGCCGGGAGGCUGCGUUUACAACUUCAACAUCCUCGGUGUAGCAACCAAGAACACGCCUGGCUUCAAUACUACCUGCUCUGGUACGACCACGGAUAGCAGCUCCGACGACCUUGUCUCCUGCCAGAACCCUCUGAUCAAGUCCCGCGUCAAAGCCGAGCCGUAUCCGCUGUGGAAUGUCCGGGCUGAACAUGAAUGGAUCCUCCCUGGCGAUGCCGAGUUCUUUGCUUUCGGAGAGACUAAUGUCACCUCGUCGACGCCGCGGUUCACAAUCCCCGUCACCGAGGAGUAUGGUGUCGCCUGA